UAUAAUGGAAAGACUCAUGAAUGCUGUCGAGAUUGGCGACGAUGUUACAGAGAAUCUCAUCAAUGCUUGCCGUGACUUGGACCUUGAACGUGAAGACCUGCAUCGGAAAACACCCCUGUCGGUUGCAAUCACUUGCAACAGGUUUGAUGUCGUGAGUUUAUUGUUAGAGAAGGGUGCCUCUCCUAACGCCCCAUACGACAUGUUUUGGACAACACCGCCGAUUCUGGCCGCCGCCAGGAGCGACAGUUUUGAGAUCACCGAGUUGCUUCUAGCUUAUGGAGCUAGGGUUGAUGACAUGGACAAGUGUGGCUUGACUGCCUUGGUGAUUGCUGCAAGGAGGGGUAACCUGCCGUUAUGUCGUCUGCUACUCGACAGAGGAGCGCAUCUCCACCAUGUGACUGAAUUCGAACCUUUGCCACCAAGUCUGAGUCGGUAUGUUGUGAGUAUUGUGUCCUCGGAAGAAUUCUAUCAGAGGAGAUCGGAACCCUUCAAAUGCAAUGACGCUCUGAAUGAGGCCUGCCGCUAUAGACACCCGGAGGUCGUAAGGGAGUUCUUGAAUCGUAUGGCAGAUGCCAGAACCUCGAAGACGUCCAAUGGCAACACUGCUCUUCACAUCGCAGCGUUUUGUGAGACGCAGGAGCGGUAUGUCCCAGAUACGAAUGAGCCGGCCAGAUGUGAGGUGAUGCCGACAUGUCCCGCAACAGUUCAGAUUCUAAUACAACACGGAGCCGACCUCCAGGCUGUCAACCAAUUUAAUGAGACACCAGCAGGACGGUUGAUGUCACAUCUGGCCACAAUAUCUAACUACAGAACACAAUCAAACUACGUUCGAGAACAACUUUCGAACUAUUUUAUAAACUUCUGUUUGUUAGUCAAAGCUGGGUGUCCACUUGCCGAAAAAUACUUCUUGGACGUUGCUAAUGAUUUGCGUUUUCCUAAGAAAAGAUGGGUUGAUACUCUAAAGAUUCUGACAGUGGCGUAUAGCUCUCAGAAAGCGGUAGAAGACGAACAAUCUGGAGACACUGAACUUGACGUCUCCUACAUAAAUGCAAUGAAAGUAGCCUUUUUAUCCGGUCUCCCGAUGACGAAAGGCAAGAUGGCGGCCCUGUACAACCUGAAAAUACCGUCCUCUUGCAAAUAUGGCGGAGUGGUCGACGAGUUCUUUUUUGGGUUCGUUUUGCACGGUGGUUGCCUGCCAAAACUCCCGCAAAAACUACGACAACUCUGCCAACAAAUACUCCGUCGGUCAAUUCGACGGCCGUUGUUGGACAAUGUCAUGUCGGAGGAGCUUAACCUGCCUCUCUACUUGAAGAGAUGCAUCUUUUUUGAAUACGAUGUGCAAAUCACCUUACCUAAUGUGGAUAACGAGGGUGGCACUAAUCUACCAGACUAUUUUGAAUAAUGUGCAUUGCAAUCUCGACAUUAUCGGUGCGUUAUUUUGACGGCCUGAGACGGGGGACAUCUAUUUGCCGUCGGACCUCUCCCGACGGUGUGAUAGAAGGCAGUGCAACGGGAUAUGCUACGAGAACCCCUGAUUCACCCUCACCGUAUACCAUACAUGUCGGACGCGUUUGCCGAUCA